AGCGUUAUAUUUAGUGGGCUUGAUUUCGGACUGCAGUUUCCCCAAAGCUGUUAUGUCUUUUAGAGUGCGGCUGCUGAGCUCUCUGCCUGGGCAUUCCGACUAGAGACUGGCAAAGGACAUCGAGACGGUGAAGACACACCGAGUCAGCGGACACACUGAUAGUUUAAAGCGUUACCAUAACAACAUCUGAGCGCAGUCUGCGCCAUGGCGACCGCGUCGAAUGUUCCAACCUCCAUGGAUGAAUGGGAAUAUAUGUUCAAACUCCUCAUCGUUGGAAAUUCUGGUGUGGGGAAGACGGCUCUGCUUUUCCGAUACGUGGACAAUUCCUUCUCCGAGGCCUUCAUAUCCACAGUUGGCAUUGACUUUAAGGUCAAGACCGUAGUACGUCAGGGUAAGAAGAUAAAGCUACAGAUCUGGGACACGGCCGGUCAGGAACGCUACAAGGCAAUCACGUCCGCCUACUUCCGCGGUGCUAUGGGAUUCCUGCUCGUGUUCGAUAUCAUGAACAGGGAGAGUUUCGAUAGUGUCAGAAACUGGUGCUCAGACAUCACCAGCAGUUCCUGGACACACGCUCAGAUGGUGCUGGUUGGCAACAAGAAGGAUCUCGCUGAGAUUGGGGCGCGGCAGGUAUCGAAAUCAGAGGCAGAGUCGUUAGCAGAAGAGCUACGGAUCCAGUACUUUGAAACUUCUGCUAAAGAGAAUAUUGACGUAUCGGAAGCAUUCACAUCCCUGGUGGACAGUGUCCUUGACAAGAUGUUAGAAAGUCUGGACCAUAACGACUUGGAUAACAUGGACCCGGUCAUCAAACAGGCCAUAGAGAGUGCGCCCGGCCGCAUUGACGAGGAGCCAGCGGAGAAUUCUUGCUCCUGCUAGGCACGCUGCCGCAUUGCUCAGAUCGGCAUUACUCACGAUGCUGCUGCUGCUGCUCGAUAUGAUGUUAGUGCUAGUACAGUGUUGGUGAGGGGCCAAGGCAAUGGUGUAUACGGCGCACAGUCAUGCUGCCACCACCACCACCACCGCAUGACCUUCUCUGCUUGAUCUGGUUGCCAUGGCUCCCGUGUCGUUGCCAUGGUUCGCACCCUCCGUUGUCACGGGCAACCACCGCUUCGUCUGCGGCAGGCGACACUCUGCUGCCAUGGUGCAACCAUCUUCGCUCAGCGUAUUACUGUAUUGCAGUGGCUGCAGCAGCGAGGACGGUGGUGGCAUUGUCAUCUUGUUCCUUGACGCACUGUUCCCGCCAGCUGAGUGCCGUGGCGCAGAGAGACUUGUAGACAUUUAUAUUUCUUCCCCUGGAUUUGCCCAGGAUCAUAAUGGAUGCGAGAGAGAUGGAUUUGUUGAUUACGAUGAUGGACAUGCAUGAUAUUCUACUUAGAAAGCUAAAAUGAAAACUCUAAAUUGCUUGCAAGAUUCAUUGCCACCCCCCCCCCCCCCUUACAUACACACAUACCUCCCAACCCGCCCAAAUCCAUGGAAGAACGCAGUCGUGACUCGCUUACCUGCCAUAUAGAUGUGUGCGUGUGUGUAUCUGUGUGUGUAUGAGUGCGUGUGUGUACGUGUAUGUGUGUCGGUGUGUGUACGUGUAUGUGUGUGUCGGUGUGUGUGGGUGUAUGUGCGCAUGUAUCAGCUCAAACCCAGCGCCUAGAAAAUAGUAUACAUAUUUUUUUCAGAAUAGAACUUUUGCAAAUAUUACUUGUACUCCUAAAUAUUCCUGAACGUUCGUCCUGACAGGCAGUAUGUGUGUGUGGUCUGUGGUGUGAUGUUCACAGCAUAACCAUCCUCCUGACAGGCAGUAUGUGUGUAUGGUCUGUGCUGUGAUGUUCACAGCGUAUACCAUACUCCCGCUACAUGUACUACAUGAUCACACAGUACCUAGGUGCUAACUACAUCUAGUGUAUGUAUGCAGGAUAUGGACAAGGCUGCUUGUCUUCACGCCUUCAUCCUGCAAUAGAUACCCCCCCGGUUUACCAUUCACCCUCUUUAUACUUCGAAGUAACGUCUUCGGUAACUACCAUUCGUAGUGUGUUUGUCCAUGUGUUUUGUCCAUGUGUUUGUCCAUGUGUUUGUCCAUGUGUUUUGUCCAUGUGUUUGUCCAUGUGUUUUGUCCUGCUUUGCUGUGGCACUAUGGAUUAUUGCUACGAGUUGUGAGCAUUGGCAUUGGCCAGGCUCGCGAGGCAUUUGCCGGGCAUCCGAAUAGCACGAAUGUGCGUAUAUGUGUGUGUGUGUGUGUUUGUGUGUGUGUGUGUGUGCGAGAGUGUCUGUGGUUAGUACUGCGAAAAGCUGGCGUCCCCGAGAAGCUGAUCGCUGUUAUCCGUGCAUUCCAUGACGGCAUGACCGCAACUCUAGCUCCGUCUGUCGAAUGUUGAAGCUGACCCCAUCCCUGUGACGAACGGCUUGCGGCAGGGAUGUUGCAUGGCCCCUGUCCUAUUCAACAUCUUCAUGUGGGCAGUGAUGCAUUGUUGGCGCCAGCACGUGCAGCCUAUCCCUGGUGUAGGCGCAAAGGUCUUCUUCGAGCCAGAUGGGAAGCUACUCCACCACCGUAGCCGCCGUGAUAGAUCCCUGGAGCUGACAGAGUGUCAGUUUGCUGAUGAUUCCGCUCUUGUGGCCGCGACACGCCAGGCCGCAGUUUCAGCCUUGGAGGUAUUUGUGGAUGUAUGCAGCGAUUUUGGCCUCACCGUCAGUGCCACCAAAACCAAGUUCAUGGUCUC